CAGUUUUCGAGAUAAUACUACUAUGACCACAUUACUGGUUUCAACUUCACUGGCUACACAGAUCCAGAAUAUACGUUUUCCGUCAGUAAAUAACAUAAGGAAUGAACUGAAUUCAGGAGGAUGUCCUCCUCUUUGUAAACUUGCCUAUAUGCGAUGUUUCAACUCACUCAGUGAAUCCAUACUUCGAGUUCUCCUUCGCGAAAAUCGAAUGUGCGCAUUGCAGUGUAAACAGCGAAAGUCAGUAGUAACAUUAAGGUUCGACAGUUCACUGAAUCUGAUUUAUUAUCCAUCGAGGUCACAGUUCCAUAUACAGAGACGAGGUUUUCGGACGCAGCGAUUGGAAAAAGUAGAGAAACCAAAGAAAGGAUUUUUUGCAAUUUUGGGCAUCAACACAAUCGAAAGUGUUCGACGAAAAGGCCCGCAAACAAAAGCUUUUCGCGAAAAACUAAAGACAGUAUCUGAUAAUGAUAGGAAGGGUUUUCUGGAAGGGUAUAUGGCUGCUUUGGAUUACUCAAACGAACAGAAACAGAAGAGAUCAUUAGUCCGGACAGUUCUUUUUUCGGCUACGGUAGUUGGAUUGGGAAUUUACAUUAUUUUCAAGUCAUUUGGUAUUCCACAGACAUCUCUUUUCACUUCGGUGGAAGAAGUUGAUCCAGAAGUCAUCGGUGUUACGUUCAAAGACGUUCGCGGUACCGAUGAAGCGAAAAACGAAUUACGUGGAAUUGUAUCAUAUCUCCGGGAUCCAGAGCGAUAUACACAGCUGGGUGCACGUCUUCCAAAAGGUGUGCUUUUGGUCGGUCCCCCUGGAACAGGCAAAACACUUCUGGCGAAAGCAAUUGCUGGUGAAGCUCAGGUACCUUUUUUUCAAGCUUCGGGCUCUGAAUUUGAUGAAUUAUUUGUUGGACAAGGAGCACGUCGCGUAAGAGAUCUUUUUGAUGCAGCUCUACUUCGUCCUGGCCGCUUUGACAUUCAAGUUCAAGUUCCUUAUCCCGACUUAGAAGGGCGCAAAGAAAUUAUACAAUUAUACUUAGGCAGAAUAUCAGUCAAUGACGACGUAAAUGAAGAUGUUCUAGCUAGAGGAACCACAGGAUUUACUGGAGCCGAAAUUGAAAAUAUGAUAAAUCAAGCAGCUCUUAAAGCAGCAGGGGAUGGAUUUAUGAAGGUCACUAUGGCACACAUGGAAGAAGCGAAAGAUCGUGUUAUGAUGGGACCGGCACGAAUUCGUGGUCGACUUCCGGAUGAGGAAGCUAAUCGUAUUACUGCCUUUCAUGAAGCAGGUCAUACUCUUGUCAGUAUGUACACGAAACAUGCAAUUCCAGUUCAUAAAGUGACAAUUAUACCAAGAGGUGGCUCACUGGGACAUACAACUAUGUUACCGCAGAAGGAUGAAUAUCACGUGAAUCGAGCUCAAAUGCUGGCACAGCUGGAUAUUUUAAUGGGUGGUCGAGUAGCUGAAGAGCUUAUCUUUGGCCCAGAAAAAAUAACUACCGGUGCUGGUGAUGACUUGAGGAAAGCAACAGACCUUGCAAAAAAGAUGGUCAAGACUUUCGGAAUGAGCGAUAAGGUAGGCUUGAGGAUCGCAGACGAUGAGUCGAGAUCGCUAAUAGCUGUUAAUCAGCUGAGCUCACCAUUGUCAGAGAUGAUUGAUAAAGAAAUCGGUCGCCUCUUGAAGGAAUCUUACGAACGUGCGAAGGAUAUACUCAUUAAACAUAAGAAAGAACAUGAACUUUUGGCUGCAGCAUUACUGCAACAUGAGACGUUAUCAAUAGAAGAAGUGAAAGAGUUGCUUCAGAAUGGCAAACUGCUUUCACAUGCUCCAGAAAAACAAGAAGGGUCGAAAAGCAGGAAAUCAUCCGUGCGAUACAUCUAUAAAAAUCCAAGUGUGAUUAUAACGCCAAUCGAUGAAACUAUUCCGAAAGAGGAAAGACAGAUCUAG